UCUUCUGGAAAGUCCUCCUCAUAUUAAACAGCAGAGCUAACAAGCUAAAGCAUUUAGCUGUCGAUAACGCUUGAUAAGUUGUUCUCAAGUUUUUUUUACACAACUUUGUUAGUUACAAAGUCUUUUGCCCGAUACAUUUCAUCAUGGAUAACCUCCAGAAGUUCCGCUGUUUCUGUAGAUUGUUUUGGUCCGUUUUCGUGGCAUAGUUUGAAGCUAACGCUUUUAGCCAAGCAGUAGUCUGCUAACAAAAGCCUAGCCUUCUUUGAGCCUUGGACGGCAGAAGUUUGUAACUGUGUCCGCUGGUUUCCUGAUAGCAACUCCACCAAAAUGUCAAUAUUAGGACUGAAAAAGAAACAGCCGAAGACUUUUAAAGUCAAAGUUAUCACCAUGGAUGCUGAGAUGGAGUUCAGCUGCGAGGUGAAGUGGAAAGGUAAAGACCUGUUUGACCUGGUGUGUCGCACUGUUGGUUUGAGGGAGACCUGGUUCUUUGGACUCAGGUACACAGUAAAGGACACCUACGCUUGGCUGAAACAAGAGAAACGGGUUUUGGAUCAGGAGGUUCCCAAGGACUCUCCCAUAACAUUUCAUUUCCUGGCGAAAUUCUUCCCAGAAAAAGUCGAAGAAGAGCUGGUCCAAGAAAUAACUCAACACCUUUUCUUCUUACAAGUGAAGAAACAGAUUUUAGAUGAAGAGAUAUUCUGUUCCCCUGAAGCAUCUGUUCUGUUGGCAUCAUAUGCUGUUCAAGCCAAGUAUGGGGACUAUGACCCAAAUUUUCACAAGCCGGGGUUCUUGGCACAAGAUGAGCUUUUGCCAAAAAGAGUAUUAAUGCAAUACCAAAUGACAGCUGACAUGUGGGAGGAGAAGAUUACAGCUUGGUAUGCAGAGCAUAGAGGCAUUGCCAGAGAUGAAGCUGAGAUGGAAUAUCUAAAAAUUGCUCAAGACCUUGAGAUGUAUGGGGUCAGCUACUUUGCCAUAACUCAAAACAAGAGGGACACAGACCUGCUGCUUGGAGUUGAUGCCCAGGGCCUUCACAUCUACAGCCCCAACAGCAAACUCAACCCAAACAAGUCCUUCCCUUGGAGCGGCAUCCGCAACAUCUCUUACAGCGAAAAAGAGUUCACCAUCAAACCCCUGGACAAGAAGAAAGAUGUUUUCAAGUUCUACUCAUCUCAACUGCGUGUCAACAAACUGAUCCUGCAGUUGUGCAUUGGUAACCAUGACCUGUUCAUGAGGCGGAGGAAGGUUGACUCCAUUGAAGUGCAGCAGAUGAAAGCUCAAGCUAAAGAGGAGAAGGCCCGAAAGAAGAUGGAACGGCAGAUCCUGGCUCGUGAAAAACAGAUGAGGGAGGAAGCAGAACGAGCAAAAGAAGAGAUGGAACGAAGACUCUUCCAGCUGCAAGACGAGGCGCGACUGGCCAACGAGGCACUGUUGCGCUCUGAGGAGACAGCUGACCUCCUGGCAGAGAAGGCUCAGAUUGCUGAGGAGGAGGCCAAGUUGUUGGCUCACAAGGCAGCAGAAGCUGAGCAGGAAAGGCAGAGAUUAGAGGUCACUGCCAUGAAGACCAAGGAGGAGAAGAGGCUGAUGGAGCAGAAAAUGAGGGAGGCAGAGCAGCUGGCUGUUAAACUGGUGGAGCAGUCAGAGAGGAGGUUAAAAGAGGCGGAUCACCUAAAACAGGACCUGACUGAGGCGAAGGACGCUGAGCGGAGAGCCAAACAGAAGCUGCUGGAGAUCACCAAAACAACAUAUCCUCUCAUAGCAGCCUACUCGACCCCUCCUGCUCCCCCUGCCCCUCCAGAAGCCGUGGACUGUGCCUAUGACUCGGCAUCAACGCGCCUUGACUUUAAAGACUCUGAUAUGAAAAGACUGUCAAUGGAGAUUGAGAGAGAAAGGCUGGAGUACAUGGAGAAGAGUAAACACCUGCAGGAUCAGCUGAAGGAGCUGAAGACAGAGAUUGAGUCUCUGAAGCUGGAGGAGCAGCAGCAGCAGGCCGGCCUCUACAACCUCCGCUGUGAGGCAAGGGGAUACAUUCAGGAGCCUCCUGUGUACAUACCUCACAGCAAUCGAAACUCUGCGUACAUGUCUCAGAUGGCCUUCUUUGAAGAAGUUUGAAUUCAGUCCUACAGAAUGAGGGAGGAGGACACAAGCGGAUGAGGCUCAGUGCUCUAGACUGUAUGGGUAAUUCCCAUGGUUUAAAGUAACGGACAGACACAGAAACACCCUGACAGUGUGUUCUUGAAAGACUUUGACUUUGUCCUAAACAGCAGCAUCUACUGCUGCUUUGGCUGCAGUCACAGGCUGUCCUGCUUGAUGCUAACCAUCUGCUACACUACAGAGCCUUUCACAUGCCAUUUAUAUUUUAUGAACACCUUAACAUGUGUGACACAGAUCAAGGAUCCGGUGCUGACGGUGGCCGUAGAAAUAAGUUCUGAUUUGCCAUUGGUGUUUUAUUGUGCUUUAAGGGAUAUGUAGUUGUCACAUAGCCAGAUAAUACCUUAGCUAAAGUGGUUACAGCAUUUUAGAGAGGAACUGAAUUAAAUAUGUCAUAACAAGCUUUAGGUCAGUUACCUGCAUUAGGUCUAAUUCUGUUAUCUGGUUACAGUAAUUUCAAGGAUUAGGGUCAUUUUAUUUCACAUUUUAUUUUAUUUAACUAACAAAGGGAUUCUCAAACUUGGCUUUUCAAAGUAAUACCUCAAAGAAAACCAAAUGCCACUGUUAUUGAUCAUACAUCACCAAGCUAUUGUUGUUGUAGCUCUAAAACAGAUAGAAACAGCUAAAAUCACUCCUGAUUAAUGGGAUGAAAUGUGAAAAUCAAGAUGGUAAACUUGCUCAUACUUUAUAAAAGUGGGAGGUCAAAAGUUGACAAGCAGGCGAGUGCAGGGAAAGUGUCGCAAUGUGACACCAUAAGAAUUUCAAAUGCAGUGUUGUUUUUUUUUGUUUUUCAUUUGUCUUCCUGUUCAUGAAAAUGCCUUAACUGACAUUAUGCCCAUACUUUUUUCAGUUUUAUUCUUCAUUAUGAUAGUUACAACUCUUACUCUGCCAUUUCAACUUCUUGUGUUUUGUGCUCUUGACUGAUCAGUGCCUUAAACUUUUUUAUGUUAUUAACUGAGUUUCUUGGGUUUCAGUUUGUUCUGUUUUUAUUAUUUUCUAGGCUUAGAGUUACAUUCAUUCGGGGGGUUUUGUCACAUCCUGACUGUUUGAAAAUACAGCUGAUUGAUGGCUUUCCAUUGUGCCUUUUAUCCUCAGCUUAUGUCCUUCUCAGGGUGUUGGAGACAAUCACUGCAGCUAGAGUCUCUUUGUGUGUUUUCCCCUGAGUUAUGGCUCAAUAUCUGCUAAUGUUUACUCUUAAAAAGGUUAUUUUUAAGCCCCAAAGUAGGCCAUGUUUUGAAAACAGUGCAUGCACUUCAUUUGAAAAAUGCAGAUUGAUCAACCUGAGUAAACAUCUAUUCUCGACACUCCUCAUUAGAUCCUAUAAAAGGGAGAGGCUGAAUGCUAGUUGCCCAUCCAGAGACCCUUAACAUUUGCUUAUUUGGACCUGUAUAACUUGUAUAACAUUGUUAUAAACUGAACAUUGAUGUUUUUUCUGGCGAUAAAUGAGUAAUGUUGGUCACAUGUUAAUGAAAAUGUGUUGAAAGCCAGAUGGGAAUUUUCUUUUUUCUUAAUGUGCAUAUGGCUUACAUGCUUUAGCUUGUAUCUUUAACUUUAUUUAUUUGUGCUUUUAAAUCCCUUAAUGGCAUCACCAUACACAUUCUAUCAGAUCUAUCCUCAUGGGAGACUCUUUACAUUUAAUAUUUGUUUUUCUUUUAGUUCUGCCAAAUUUACAUCCAGUAAGAACUAUUUAAUCUCAGUGUUGUACUUUAAGGGAUUUGGUUUACUUUAAUGUGGCAUCAAUUCUCAUGCUCAACUAAGUGCUUUUUAAAUGUUUUGUAACCACAAGUUAUUUGUAUUUGUCUUGUUAUUUCAGCAGUGAUUUUACUGUGUAUGAUUCUUACUUUUUUCUGAUGAGUUGCAGACAAAAGGAGCUUUUUUUCAGUUUUUGCUUCUUUGUGCCAGAAAUACAUAGGCAACACCCUACAAGGCCACACAAUGCUCUAUAUGGGGUGUUUCAGUUUCAGGGCAUGAUUAGACAUUUAUAAUUUUCAUCUAAAUAUGCAUUAAAUUCCAUAUACUGCUUUUCAAAAAGUAUGCUGGUUGGCUGAUGUGAACCUUUUAGCAGGAUAUCUGACUCAUUGCUAGUUUAUCAGCCAUCUGGACAAGGAUUGAGUGUGCCAUAUUUCAUUGAAGUUUUGCUCUCUUUCAGUGAUGAAUGGAUACAUAUAUCACAGUAGUUCAAAUAAAGAUUUCAGGAUUUGAA